AUGGCUGAACCAGCAUACUUCCCGUCGCUAGACAAGUGUCUUGCCGGCGACGACCUGCUCAUGCCAUGGACGACUGCUUAUAACGUGCUCUGCGACCUUCCCGUGGCCGUGCGAUCGUACACCCUCGAGUACUUCCUCAAUACGCCCGAAGCGCUCAAAGCCAUCGAAAAUCCGUUCGAACCAUUUGGAACGCGAUCACCUGAAAGCAAGGCCAGGUUCGAGACCAAGACCGCGCCCAUACAUGUUACACAAGGUAAUGGCGCAAAAGACCUGGAGCAGCUGAAGAAGGAUGCUCUGUGGCUCUCGGAGCAGGUGCAGAUCGAGGAAGAAGCCGCGCUGAGGAUUGCAAUUGUGGAAUCGCAGCAAAGACCCAUCCAACAGCUCUUAACGUUCGGCGGGCAGUCACAGGUCGACGUGGCUGAGAGCAACGAAUUUGGUGUGUCAAUGUUCGCGCGAAGUACUGCGGCUCUGGCGGCCAGCGCAAACGGGACGCCAACCUCAUCCCCCGACUUCGGCGACGACGAAGUACGGCAGUUGAGCCUACUGCAAGCGUACUUGGAUGAGCGACAUGCUAUCCUGAAGCUGGCAGCCGAGCUCAUUGGGCGGCACGUUUGCGACGAGCAGAACGUGGACGAAAUCAAUGGACUGUGGAUCGAUAGGCUGGCGAAGCGCGUUGCGGCCGGUGACUCCUCCACUGUGACGCCGAACAAAGCCCACAACAGCACCAUUCGUAACGCAAUCGCAGCGGUGCGGCAGUGUCUGGAACAUAUAGACGACCGUAGGAAAUGGCCUACCGUUUUCACGAAAGUGCCAGAGAGCGAAACCAUCUAUGCAACAGCCACAUAUUGGAGGUUAACGGAUCUAUUACGACACAUACUGGCCCGGGUGAGGUGGUUGAGCAUACGGCACGAGUUGACGGAUGCCGAAACUGUGCAGUCGUGGUUUAAGUUGAUGGACGACGCCAACUUCAUUGGGUAUUUGGGCGCUCCUGUACCGUCGUUAAACGCGGAGAUACCGCAGUGCCUUGCCGGAAUGGUAUCGCUUGCAGUGGUACAGCUACCGCAGGCAGUUCAACAUGUCGAUCAGAUGGUGACAGACCAGCCUCGUGACGGCGUACAGUACCCUGCACUUACGAAGGAGAGCGGUUCCCUCUGCAGCGCUGAUUGCGCUCGCACAGUUACUAAAGCCAUGUACAACGCCGCAAGAGGCAACAACACCAUUGCAGCGCCCGUAAUGUAUGCCUGGGCUCUCAUCGCGACGCAGAUUAGGAAUCUCAUUGCCAUGGAGAACAACAAGCGUGAGGCGCGCGAGCUUCGACUCGUGGACAGCUCCAGUGACGCUGAGCGCGCUACGACUGCAACCAGGCGCGGCUCGAGGGCGCCCGCUGACAGCGAGAUCAGGCUGCUUUGGGACUGGUUCCUUAAUCCCGAUCUAGAGGAAGUAGGACCGGAUCCGGCGCGCUUCUUCAUGGUGGCAGCAGUCGAUAGGUUGAACGCUUAUGGUGCCGUUUCGUGGACAAGCAGUGUGAUCACUGCGGCGUACGGCUCGGAACCUACAUUGCCUACCGCACUCAUGACCCGUGGGCAUCUGUAUGACCUUCUCCGACAAGGCCUGGACGCGGUGGGCUACGAGUCCAUAUCCUUCGAUGCGACACUUGCUGUGUUGACGCCAGGUAUGCCUCAUCAGAGCCUCGACCACUUCACGGCAUUAUCAACCAAAUUCAUGGCGGACGAUGAGCGCUUUCGACCUGCAGUACUCGACGAAGCUCUCGCCAGGUACCCGUACGAGCUGACUCCGCUGUUACAACUCUGCACAAUUCUUGCCGCUGGCGAACAUGACUAUGCGGAUGGAUCGCCCACCAUUGUGCAAGUGCUGGAGAACGUCAAGACGGUAACACUCAUGGUACCGGAGCACUUCCGCUCUUACACGCUGGAGAACGAAGACGAAAACGCGAACGGUAUGGCGCUUACCGCAGACUUACCCAUCUUCGCCCCGCGCCAGGAGAGCUUUGCUGGCGAGCGGCGACUUAUUAUGGACCGAGCCAUGGCGGAAGCGGAGGAAGAAGGACCGCGUAAUGUCAUGGUCGUCCCAGCUGGCGCCUCUGGCAUCGUGGCAAAAGAGGACCGGCCAAUGGUGCUGGCGCUGAAACAUCCUCACUCCGCUUUGGAAUAUGUUGGUCUCCUGCUCUCCACACUCUUGCCUGGCAGUGACAUUGUACCAGCCCACCUGACCGAGGAGAUGGAUCGGCAAACUGCAGCGGACAUCGUCGCGCUCAUUACUGCUCUCCUCACAGCUUCGCUCAAGCAAGACGAGAGCGGUGAAGAUGCACGAUUCAUCCUUGGCCGUGUAGGAUUCGCUCUGCAUGACGAGACAGACAUCGCCGCCGUCAUCGGCGAGCUUUUUGAGCUCGAGCUCCUCUCACACCUGGAUCAGGCGGCUCAGCCAGGGUCCUUGGAGCUCUGUGUCGCUUGCGCCGAGUUCUUUACCAAAUUGACAUGGAUCUCGCCUGAACGCGUGUGGUCAUUGCUGGCCCGGAGUAGCCUCCUAGGCGCAAUUGGCGGGACAAGUGCAUUGGCUGCAGUGGUCGGAGGCACGGAGGCUCACAUCAACUGUUUCCGCUUCCUGGCCGCUGUCUCGAAGUUAUACAACGAGUGUCUGCAAGAUGCUGUUGCCGGCCUUGUGAAGCGGAAGAGUCGGCCUGCGCGAGCGAAUAGCAGUCGCUUUGACUCACCCAUGAUGGGCUCUGACACGACACCGGAACGUACAAUCGGAUCUGUGCUCAACAAGUUUACAAGAGUGGCACUGGAUGCUUGCCAGAACUUCAAUACUUGGCGUUUCGCAAACGCACAGCAAAAGGGGGAGGUGAGCUCAUCACUGUUAGACGGCUUCGGCAUGCUGUUACGGUGGACGUACGGUCUUGACAAGCCCGCUACGUCGUUGGAUGUGCUGGCGAAGCAGAGAGACAGGAUCUCUGCACUGCUGGUGCCGGCCGCGGAGGUGGUGCUCAAUGCUUACGCGCCGUCCAAUGACGCCGCAGGCAGCACUUUGCAAGAGCCCCUGACUGCCACUUUCGCCGACGCGCUCACGGUCGAGGAUGAGAGCAUUCCUGUGCCGGAGCGAGGAGCAAUGAUCGAGCACAUUCAGUCUCUUUGCUCUUUCCUAUGCAGAGUCCUCCGAACAGCUAGGUUCGUCGAUGCUCCGCGUGCGUACCGUUUGGCCACCGAGCUGCUCAAGACUGUGCCCACCGUUGCGAUGCUGAUUGCGACCUCGCGUAUCUGGAAGCUGGAUAUUGCGACAUACCUUACCGAGCUAGUUCUGUCGCUCGACUGUACCACGGAGAACCCGCCUUCUCUGCUCAGCGGUCUUAGCACGGAGGCGGCUAAAGCUUUUCUCAUCAUUGUCGCGCAGCUGGACCGUCCGGUCGCUGACCUGGACACCGAAUGCGAGGUCUGGCGCUUCCUGACCGCCGUGCUCGAGAGCAGACAACAGUGGUUUUCGAUGUAUCUGCUUACUGGCACACUGCCGAAGGAUAAGCUCAAGAGUACCACAAGAGUAACAGAGGACACCAGAGCCAGGCCACUACUUGCAUAUGCGCUAGACGAGCUGUCACGCAUAACUCAGCUGGUACCUGCGCGCGCCAAGGCUAUGCUGCGUUUCGUCGCCGCGGCGCAGAGCGUGUGGGUGUGGUCAACGGUUUCUGUUCGCCAACAUCCCGACUUCCUUAAGAACGCACUGGCAUGGCUAGACGAGCUGCAGCCGCCGCAAAGAGGUGGCGCGAAAGAGCACGACUCUCUCGUAAGCGCCAGCGAGCAUCAGGCUGCAGCGUACCUUUGCGAGAUCCUGGCCGUCAAUCUGCACGCUUCGCUCGAAACGGGCAAUCAGGACGUACUGAAGCUGCUCGUCCCAAAGCUGGCCUUCCUGUCGAAGCAUGCUUGCGCCGUGGAUGCGUACAACCGCAGUCUCCAUCGCAACCUGGCGGAAAACAUGGGCCGCAGAUUUGGCGGUGUCAUUCUAGCCGACUUUAAGAAGACGGAAGCGAGUCCUACCGAACACGGCCGAGACUUUGCCUAUGAUUUCGACUUCGCAGACCGUGUGUUGCAGCAUCAGAGCAUGGCGUGGGGCAGCGUGAAUGAGACGAAGGCGCAAGGCUACGCUGCCGAAGUCAUCCGCGCGAAUGUUAACCUUAGUUUGCUGGACGCGCAGAUCAACCUGCUCAGAUCGUGGAAGACGCUCGCAAUGACGCUAGGCCAGUGUGUUAAAGCGGAUCAAGGCGUGCAGGAACCACUUAUUCACACGGUUGAGGCGAGCUUACGAGCGAAUGAGAUUGCGAACCUGGAGGAGCCAGGAAUGAUUGAGGCGGCGCAGAUCCGUGCCGAGCUCGCUUUUGUUGUGCUAUCGAAGCUCGUGGACGUCAAGUGCGGGAAGGCUGGGAUGAAGAACGUACUGUCGGGGGUGUGGGCUCUGGUCGUCAAAAGCCCGGCGGACUACAGCAUUGCGACUGCGCCGGAGGAUCUGGUCCAGUACCGCACGUUACUUCAGAUUCUGUUCCUGGCUAUACGACCGCACAUAUACAGUCCGCUGGAACCCAUCCUGCCUUCACUCUCCGCCAACAUUGCCAGCAUGGCAGUCGAGAUCGUCGCCAGACUCGUCGGGCCUGCUUUUCGGGCUCUAUGCGGGAAUCUUCACGGUGGUGGUGAUUUGCAAACCAGCAUGUCGCUUGCACAACCUACCGACUUCGCACUCAUCACCGCUACUCUGCAGGCUAUUCUAUCCAUACGAGGCGUGCAAAUCCCUCACAUACCCAUCUCCGACGCCACCACGAACUCCGGGAUGGUGCGCGGCGCGCUAAGCCUGUACAGCUGGUCCGAUCAGCUUGCGGAGGUUAUGGACAAUGAUCCCGUAUACGGUGAGAUUGCCGUCAGUGCGCUAGUCACCUUAUCCAGCAUCCCGCAGGUGGCUGAGCAGAUGGCACUCGAAGGGGUGCUUCUGCAGCUUUCGAACGCGAAUCUGAGCAACUACUUCCGCAAACCUGGUGGAAAAGGUCAGUGGGACGAGCCGGCCCGCAUGUACGGGAUAUGGACCGAUGGGUUUCUGCCAUUGUGCUUGAACUUGCUGGACGCUGUUGGCCCGGCGCUUGCAGGAGAAGUCGCGGCGUUCUUGAACUCAUUCCCGGAGCAGUUGGCGAGAGCGGAGAAGGCGUUUCAAAUGGACGCUCGUCGGAUACAUAGCGGCGAGGUCUCCCUCGGCAUGGUGAAGGAGCUGCACGCGCUUGUGCUUGUGGGGCUUACCAUACAAUCGGACGUUGCACGGGCGGCUGCAGAAGGGUUGGAUGCUGCGGAUGUACAGCCGCUGAGGUAUGAUGUGGAAAAUGCGAAGGCGGAGAUGCAGAAGCUGGCGAGACCGCAGAGGAGUUGGGCGGGUAGUUUGGUGGCGACGAAUGAGCGGGAGGCAUUGUGGGCAACGGGUGGUGCUAAAGGGGAGUAUGGGAGCGAGUUGGAGAGGCGGGUGGUGACGGAGGUGCGGGAGGUGCUGCGGCUGUUUGGGGAGUGAACAGCGUCACACAGCGCAUAUCUACCGCGAUGAGUUUCGAUUGCGAACAUAUGACCUCUACCCUUCAUCCAGAGUCUGUUUACCUGGUCAGUAAAGCCGACGUUCAACCGCAGAACGCGGUAUUCUAAGCGCUGCCGCCGAGCCUCAUAGCGUCAUGGUGCGUCAUGGGAGCACACGAGCUUGCACAUUUUCUGGAAGAAGCUCUAGAAGCUCGACUGUGCAGGUCAGGAACCAACUCGUACCACGCUUGAGGAGACAUUGAACAGCACAUCACACGACCAACACAGCCACACUCUACAACGCCUACGGAAGAGUUCAGGUAUACAA